CUUCAUAUAUCUCUUUGUUCCCUUUAAUUUUACUUGUUUUUAGAAUUUUCCAUCAUGGCCGCAGCCGAUGUUGAGUUCCGGUGCUUUGUCGGAGGGCUCGCAUGGGCCACCGACGACCGGGCCCUUGAAGAAGCCUUUAGUACCUUUGGUGAAAUUGUUGAAUCGAAGAUCAUUAAUGAUCGUGAGACUGGAAGAUCAAGAGGUUUCGGGUUCAUUACUUUCCGUGACGAGAAAGCUAUGAGGGACGCUAUCGAAGGAAUGAACGGUCAAAAUCUUGACGGAAGGAAUAUUACCGUCAACGAAGCUCAAUCUCGCAGAAGCGGAGGAGGUGGAAAUGGUGGAUACAACAGCGGGGGUGGAGGCGGUGGGUAUGGUGGUCGCCAAGGAGGAUAUGGUGGUGGUGGACGUCGUGAUGGAGGUGGAUAUGGAAACGGUGGAGGAUAUGGUGGUGGUGGAUAUGGAGGCGGUCGACGUGAGGGAGGGUACGGUGACUCUGAUAGCAACUGGAGGUCUUAAGUUUAAGGUUUAUAAUUGGGCUGUGUAGGUCCGAAAUCGGUAUUAGGAAAUGAAAGUGUUGUUGUAGUUGGUAUUUU